AUCGCGGCAGUCAGUCAGUCUCCGGUCCCGUGUAUCACCGUCGUGGUCCGCGCGCGUGCAACGAGAACACAAGCAGAACGGCCGUGUACAAUAUUAUAAUAUACCGCAGUGCAUGUGCGUGCGUGCGUACAACAGUGUUUCGAGUGUGUGCAUCGCGAUUUAUAUACCGCCGCCGCCGCCGCCGCCGCCGCCGCUCUUCGUAUAAUAUUAACGUAUACGAUUGACUAUAUAUUAUUAUCAUAUAUAGUGCACGUAAAUUAUACUACCUACUUAUAACCACCACGGCCACCCCGUGCGCGGGGGGAAUGUACGGCUGGCGUCCGGCCAACUGCGCGUAAAAAUACGUAAAAUAUAAUAAUAUCUACAGACAGUAUAAUAACGAUAUAUCGGUUAAAUGGGCUGUGCUCUUCGGGUGUCCCGCUGAAUUCGCGAGUAUAUAGUCUCCGUCACUACACGACAACACCGACAGCGUUGUAUACGCGCGCGCGAGAGAGAGGAACGCCGCGAGAAACGAAUAAAAAUCACAUGGCGAUGAUGGUGUGCGUCGCCGUCGUCGCGUGUCUCGCGAUCGUCUCGUGGUCGCCCGCCGCCGCCGCCGACCAGUCGGACGCGUCGACGGACCUGUGCUACGACGGCGACCGGGCCCGCCGGUGCGUGCCCGACUUCGUCAACGCCGCUUACGGCGGUCACGUGGAGGCGACCAGCACGUGCGGCGUCAACGGCCCCGAGCGGUACUGCGAGCCGGGCCCCACGUCCCAGGGCGUCUGUCACACGUGCGACGACUCGCAGCCCAAGCGCCGCCACCCGGCCGCCCACCUGACCGACCCGAACAACCCGUACAACGCCACGUGCUGGCGGUCCGAGACGCUGUCCGCGCAACCGGUGGACCCGGCGUCCGCCCUGCCGCCGCCCGACAACGUGACGCUCACCCUGUCGCUGGGCAAGAAGUACGAGCUGACGUACGUCAACCUGCAGUUCUGCCCGAAAGCGGCCAAACCGGACUCGAUUGCCAUUUACAAGAGCAUGGACUACGGCAAGACGUGGCAACCGUUCCAGUUCUACUCGGGACAGUGCCGCAAGGUGUACGGCCGCCCCAACCGGAUGGUCAUCACCAAGGCCAACGAGCAGGAGGCCCUGUGCACCGACUCGCACCGGUUCAACGGGGCCGGGUCGUCGGCGUCGCGGGUCGCGUUCAGCACGCUCGAGGGCCGGCCCAGCGCCAUCGACUUCGACAACAGCCCCGUCCUCCAGGACUGGGUGACGGCCACCGACCUGAAGAUAAUAUUCAACCGGUUGCACUUCCCGUCCGCGCCACCGGACUCGGCCGCCGCCGCCGCCGCCGCCGGCAGCACCACCACCAGCACCACCACCAGCACGGCGUCCAGCCUCGCCGGCGCCGAAACGGACCAGAAAUCGGAUUCGGACGAACCGCUGAAAGGCAACAAGACGGGCGCCGAUUUGCUCAUGCUGAACCCGGACCAGGAGUUGCAGGGACACGAACCCGAGAAGACCACCGUGGCCGCGCCGGUGACGACCGCGUCGUCGUCCGCCGCCGGCCGCACGUACCACUAUGCGGUGUCCGACUUGUCCGUGGGCGGCCGGUGCAAGUGCAACGGACACGCGUCCAAGUGCAUACCGUCGGGCCCCGGGGGUGCGCUGGUAUGCGAUUGCAAGCACAACACCGCUGGACGAGACUGCGAACGGUGCAAGCCAUUCCAUUUCGACAGGCCCUGGGCCAGGGCUACUGUUCGCGAUCCCAACGAAUGUAAACCUUGUAACUGCAACGAACAUGCAAAACGAUGUCGCUUCGACAUGGAGCUGUACAAACUGUCGGGUCGGGUGAGCGGUGGCGUGUGCCUCAAGUGUAGACACUUCACGGCCGGCAGAUACUGUCAUUACUGCAAGGAGGGAUACUACAGGGAUCCUACUAAGCCCAUAACACAUCGAAAGGCUUGUAAAGCGUGCAACUGUCAUCCAGUUGGUGCAUCCGGUAAAACAUGCAACCAUACUACUGGCCAAUGCCCAUGCAAAGACGGUGUGACUGGGAUAACAUGCGACAGAUGCGCUAAAGGAUACCAGCAAAGUAGAUCGCAGAUCGCUCCAUGCAUAAAAUUACCGUCAAAGAUUUUCGUGAAUCAAAUGUCAUCGGAUGCUCGAGCAGCUGGAAAUGAAGGAGGUGAUGAAGGAGAUUAUGAUGAAGAUGACGAGGAUAACCAUCACGAUCAAUGCGGCAAGUGUCGAUCCGGAACCAGGAGACUGAAUUUGAACAAGUACUGCCAUAGAGAUUACGCGAUAUUGGGCAAAAUGUCGGAACCGAUAGUGUCUAAAAACUGGGCCAAGUUCACGAUGAACGUACAGUCAGUGUACAAGCGCGGCCAGGCGUCGAGACUUCGCAGGGGACCGACCACGUUCUGGAUACACGACAAUGACCUGAAGUGCAAGUGUCCCAAGAUCAAACCCGGAAGACUUUACCUGAUUCUUGGCAAGGAAAACGACGGCGAACGGCGCGACGGAUUGGUGUUGACGCAGAGGUCGAUAGUGAUCGAGUGGCGAGAAGAGUGGCACAACCGCAUGCGGCGGUUCCAGAAACGAGCACAACACUGCGAUUAAAAAAAAAAAGAAGAAAAACGUCACUAAAAAUUACAAUAUAUACCCUCAGAGUGAAAUCACCUUUAAGAUAUAUGUAUAUAUAUAUCACAUACCAGAACCACCAUCGUCAUCCCCCGCCGCCACCACCACUGCUACAGCGCCAACUUUUUUGUUCCCUCCAGGCUUCUAUGAUAAUAAUAUAUACGAUACGAGUCUCCCCUUAUUAUACAUGAUUCUUUUCGUCCUUAUUUUAAUAUUAGAUAGGUAGGUACGUAGGUAGGAUACUCUUCAUCCGUAAUAUAUUAUUAUUAUUAUAAUGUAUACAACCGAAUAUUUAUUAUUUCUAUGUAGACGUUAAUCGUUUUAAUUCGUCGACGUGUGGUGUAAUGUCAUGUGUGUGCGUGUAUAUUGUUUGAGUAUUAUAUAGAGAGAACGCACGGCGUAACCGGUAGAUACAUACAUAUUAUACUAUGGCCACUUAUCUAUCCUCCAUUAACAAAGUUAUGUUAAACAUUAAAUUUAAUAUUCAAAAUAUUACCGAUACUGCUAUCCUGUACCUACGUGUAUUUUAUAACUCUUAAGUCAUUAGGUUAGCGUCGAGUACGUUUUUCGUUUAUUCGUAUAAAUACAAUAAUAAUUAUAAUUGAACAUUUUUAUUAUAUACCUAUAUAUUAUAAAUGUUUAAAACAUAUAAUAUUUAAUAAUAAGUACUCUUAGCGCGUUCGCAUACACAUUUAUAUAAGCAUAUUAUAGCAGUAAUAAACAAUUCCAUUAUAUUAUCAUUAUUAUUACUAUACGAUAGUAUUUUAUAAACUAUUUAAUAAUAUUAAUUAUUAUCUACAACCAAGUGUUCUAGAAUGAAUCAACUAUCCCUCUUCCCUUUGCGUACAAUAAAUGUAGGCAAGCUGCUAUGGAUAUAUUUUUAGUGACCUAUCAGCUAUCACAUUGGAAUAGGAUGAACGUCGUACACGAAUCGUGCAUUGCAGCGGCGUCGCUUAUUUUGGUCGGUAUCAGUCCAUAUAUCGCAUAGUUCACUGAUAAAUACCUAAAUCAAAAAAUCUUUAGUCAUCUCAUUAGAAUUUUUGAUGUUCAAAUUAAUACAUAGUAGGUAUAUAAAAUAUUUAUAUAAUACGUGUAUGCCAUAAUAUUGUCAUAUAAUAUAUUAUACUACAUUAUA